AUGGCUGGAGUUAAGUACUGCAAGGAACGCGAGCAUGGUAAGGAGAAAAGGCGAGCUAAGGAGGCGUCCGAAAAUCUCCCGAAAGAGGAUACUCGGAGUGCGCCUGUAGAUACCGUCGCCGAGAACAAAGAGGAGCAUCAUGUCGUUGAGGAAGAAAAAAGAAAGAUAAUUUUGGAUGAAGUAGCAGGUGAAAAUGUAGAAGAAAUUUCACAAGAAGAAACAACAGGUGAAGACCAAGCAGUGAUUCCUAUCAAAACUGAAGUCAGUGAAAAUGAAGCGGAAAAAAUGUUGGAGCCAGAGCGGUCAGCUAAAAUUUUAUCCGACGAUCAUCUCGACCUCUCGUCAAAGGUGAGUUUAUCAGAGAAUUAUCAUCCCUUGUCUGUAACUCAAGCGACAGGCGGGGUGGCGAUGGUUCUGCUUGCUUUUUGUAGAUGGAUAAAAUUAGAAAUUCCAGCAAGAUCAAUCACUCAGAACGAAAUGGCUUCCUGAUA